AUGGCUAUGGCUCGAGGGUACAGCGAAAAGGCCAAACUAAUCUGGAGUGUCCCCCCCGAAUACGUGAUACCCCCGAAUCCCGAUCCAAACGAUCCAAAACUACCCAAACCUCCGUCUGGUACUCAUCGUCACUAUUUGUCAACUCCAGCCGGUCAUCUCGAAGUUCUCUACGCUUUGCCCAACCACAAGACAAUCGAUUCUCCUGCGGAAGAGUCCUGGAAAUCGCCUGUCCUUUUUCUUCAUGGCGGAUUCGGUUCAGCCAAUUGCUAUUCGAACUUUCUCCCGCGGUUUGCAGAGCGCGGCCAUCCAGUCUACUCGCUGUCGCUUCGCGGUCACGGGAGAUCAUGGCGUCCAUCAUAUUGGGCGUUAUACUUUACGCCCAAGCAGGUCCUGGCAGACGAUGUUGCCGCGGGCCUCAAGUUUAUACGCGAACGACAUCCUAAUGCGGGUCCUACUACCCUAGUUGGGCAUUCUUCGGGCGGAGGACUGUCUCAGCAUGUUAUUGACAGUGGCAAAGGGGAAGGGGUGGGAAAAUUGGUAGUAUUGGCCGGAAUUCCCAGUUUUGGCGGGCAAGUCUUGUUCAACCAUGGCUUUUUAACUAACACGUUGAUUCGUCUACAUCUAAUAGAUGGAGAGUUUAUCUCAACUGGUUUAUCCUUGAUCCUUGGUUCCCUAUCCGCGUUCUAUGGGAGGCUAACUUGGGUCAUUGGCAGUUUGUAUCACCCUCGUUCACCUCUCUCAUCGACUCGAUUAGUCCACCGCGCGUUCUUUUCACCAACUUACCCGAUCGGGAAGGUUCAAGAAUUCGAAGCCGAGAUGUCACCGUUCGAAUCCAUGUCAUGGCCAAGCGGAAUGAUGUUCCCGUUCGUCUCUCGAAAACGUCUCCUCUCAAAGCUCACGAAGCUCAAUGCCCGAGCCCCACUCCUCACUAUAGGUGGAGCUCAGGAUAAACUCGUCAGCGUACCUAUUAUGCGACGUCUGGCCCACUUGUAUGCAGCUACUAGCGUUGGAAUUCACGCUGCUGGGCACGCGGUGACGGAGAAGAAGUUCAGGUUUAAGGAUGUUUCAAGCAAGCAGGAUGGAUUUGUACCAGGAGUCACUCGGACGGAGAAUGAAAGGGAAAAGGAACAGGGGAAGAUAUGGUUUGCUGAGAUAAAAGCACCAGGUGCGGGACACAAUCUGAUGAGAGACGAUGGGUGGGAGAGGUGCGCGAACGUGAUUGAAGCAUUCUUGGAUGAGGAGCUUUGA